UUCGCCGUUCGCCAUGCGCUGUUCGUUUUUGGAUUUUCUGUUUGAUCAGUUCGAAAAGUGAGUUGGUCGAGCGAACAACCAUAUAGCGAGGGCAGCGGAAUCGAGGCGACACGAUACGAUACGAUACCAUAGAGUAUUCGUUCCAGGAGCGAAUGAAAAGACGAAACGAGACGAGACGAAAGGCCACCGGAGACAGCGACGUCGCGGGUGUAAAGUUACUAAAUAGCAAAAAGAAACUACCGACCACCGAUUGCAGUGAAUGAAAUAUCCAAUAAUUUCGAGUGACAUUCGCCACAAAUCAAUCGAUCGUUCGAUUUGAAACCUGAUUUGUAGAGUUCGUUUCUGCCAGUGUGUGUGUGCAUGUAAGCCAUGGGUUCUAAGCGAGCGAGUGAGAUAGAGCGAGAACACUGAUUCGACUCGAUUCGUUUCGUUUCGAUUCGAUUGGAUUGGAUUUGAUUCGAAUUCAAUUACAAAAUUCAUUGAGUGUCAAUUACAAGCCGCACGCACAACUCUCUCAGCGGAGAUUGCGAGAGAUUCGGAAAGAUCCAGGUACAGAUCUAGAUCCAGAUCCAGAUUCCCAAACAUCCAGAGAUCCACAAAUCCAGAAAUCCAUCCAGCAUCCAGAGUCAGAGUCAUAAAUCAUGCCUACGACAUUGAUGUUGCUGCCGUGCAUGUGGCUGUUGCUGCUGACCGCCACUGCUGUUGCUGUCGGCGGCACGCGACUGCCGCUCGAGGUGUUCGAGAUUACGCCGACCACGUCCACGGCGGACAAGCACAAGAGUCUGCAGUACACCGUCUACGACGCCAAAGAUAUUUCAGCAGGAGCAGCAGCAGGAGGAGCAGCAGCAGGAGCAGGAGCAGCGGCAGCAGCUGGAGUGGCGACCAGUACAGUGAAGCCAGCCGCCGAGCAACUGACCGUUGUGAGCAUUUCCACGGCGGCCGCGGAGAAGGAUCUCGCCGAGUCGCGGCGACAUGCGCGACAAAUGUUGCAGAAACAGCAGCAACACCGCAGCAUCAUCGGCAGCAGGCACGGCGACCGGGAUGUGCGCGUCCUCUACCAAGUGGGGGACUCUGAGGAGGAUUUGCCCAUCUGUGCGCCCAAUGCAGUUUGCUCCAAGAUCGAUCUAUACGAAACCCCCUGGAUUGAGCGGCAAUGUCGUUGUCCCGAAUCGAAUCGCAUGCCCAACAACGUGGUCAUCCAUCAUCACAGUCACUCGUCUGGAGCCGCGGAUUCCCUGAAGUACAGGAAUUACUACGAAAGGGAGAAGGUGAUGCAGCACAAGCGAAUGCUGUUGGGCGAAUUUCAGGAUAAGAAAUUCGAAAGCCUGCACAUGAAGAAGCUGAUGCAGAAGUUGGGCGCCGUCUACGAGGAUGAUUUGGAUCAUCUGGAUCAGUCGCCGGACUAUAAUGACGCCCUGCCCUAUGCGGAGGUGCAGGACAACGAGUUCCCCAGGGGAUCGGCGCACAUGAGGCACUCCGGACACCGCGGAUCCAAGGAGCCUUCAACCACUUUCAUUGGCGGCUGUCCCAGCAGUUUGGGUGUGGAGGAUGGCCACACCAUUGCCGAUAAGACUAGGCACUACAAAAUGUGCCAGCCGGUGCAUAAGUUGCCAGUUUGCAAGCACUUCCGUGACUACACUUGGACUUUGACAACAGCAGCGGAGUUGAAUGUGACGGAGCAGAUAGUCCACUGCCGGUGUCCCCGGAAUUCGGUGACAUACCUGACCAAGAGGGAACCCAUUGGCGAUGGCAGUCCGGGCUACAGAUAUCUGUUCGCCUGCUCUCCCCUGACGCGCCUUCGCUGUCAGCGGAAGCAACCGUGCAAAUUGUUCACGGUGCGAAAGCGUCAGGAGUUCCUGGACGAGGUCAACAUUAACUCGUUGUGCCAGUGCCCCAAAGGACACCGCUGUCCCAGCCAUCAUACGCAAUCCGGCGUGAUAGCCGGCGAGAGUUUUGUGGACGACAACAUACAGACAUAUUCCGGGUACUGCAUGGCCAACGAUUGAGUGCAUCGCCAAGGGAAUCGUUCCACACAUAAUAUAAAACACACUUUGUAAAGGAAGAUAGAGUGAGCGGAGGAGCAACAGCUACUAUAUAUAGAUAUCGACUGAGCCAAUUGAGUCUCGCCAAGUUACCAACUAAUGAGAAGGGAAAAACGAACAAAUACAAGCUAGGAACUUAAAAUGCACUUCCACACAACACACAAAUCAUUUUCAAGUUUUGAAAGAGCGUGUUUCUUUUGCUACCAAAUUUUGGUCAUAAAACGUAUGAUAUAAAUAUUUAAUUAGUUUUAAGCAUCGAUAUGUGCGCAGUUUGUUAUACAAAUAAUUUGUAAUGAAUAUUUAUGAAAACAAGAGCAAAACCUGCAACGAAGGAGGGCGUACCCUCCACUAUGUAAUAUAGCAACAAACUAUACUCGUAAUCUAACCCGCAUAAAUUGUAUAUAUUUUAAUAUAUGUCUAACGAAAACAGUUUCAGUUGUAAUUUAAACGGAACCUACGUGGAGCAACACAGCAAACUUCAAAGAGCAGGAUGUGCCAAAUGUUCAGAUGGGGUGCACUUAGUUAACGUAAGGAUGUAUCAUUGAAUAAUUCAUAGCGAGGCAGUUUGAAACUGUGGCAACUCUGGCAGCUAUUUUAGUGCAAUUUUUGUGACGCCUUUAAAGCCACUUCUCCUGAGUUUGAGCAAUGGAUUUGGCAAGGAAAUUAGAAAUUAAUUUAGAAAUUGCGCAAAUGCUUUUAACUAAACGUAUAGUAACCACCAUGACUCCUCCUCUUCCCUCUAAACUAUGCAUAUUUACAUCGAUUUAAGCUACAAGAUUUUGUUUAUCUAAAAACGAGCAACGAAAUUUGGCGAUGUUUCGGUUUAAACACUUUGUAAAAAGGCAAAAAUAAACAUUAAUUUAUGA